CCUGAACUCUCUCCGCCGACCAUGGCAGAGCUGGGUGAGGCAGACAAAGCGGAGCUGCAGCUCUUGGUGGUGGCCCAACAGCAGAAAGCACAGUUCACUGCACAGGUACAUCACUUCAUGGAGCUAUGUUGGGAUAAAAGUGUGGAAAAGCCAGGGAAUCGCCUAGACUCUCACACUGAAAACUAUCUCUCUAGCUGUGUGGACCGUUUCAUUGACACAACUCUUGCCAUCACCAAUCGGUUUGCCCAGAUGGUACUGAAAGGACAGUAG